AUGUCUGACCAAGAGGCUGAGUCAAUGGCGGAAAGCGAUGAAGCUGCAGCUCUUUCAGAACAACUCCAGGAGUCAUAUCUAAUGGAAGAGCAAGAAUUUGAAUGUGAAGAAUUCACUGAUGGGGAUGAAGCACUUGCUCCUAGUGAAUACACAAUUCCAAUUUCAGAAUCAUACUAUAAUCCUGCACCAGAGGAGAGGAAGUCCUCAAUUAAAUCCUUAGUUACCCUUGAACAGCAAAAAAUGCGAUAUGAGAUGGAGUCAGAUCAAGAAUUUCUAAGUGAUGACAAUCUUACCUUUCUGAAUAGAAUAAAGGCUGUCAAGGAAUCUCUGCAUGUAGCUGCAAAGGAGUCUGCAGUAACAGUGAAAGUUAUACUUAUUCCUGUUGGCCAGGAAAUUACAAUGUCUUUUAAAGUUGACUGCAUGAUUAAACACCUCAAGGAUCAUUUUUCACAGUUAUUAGGUAUCCCAGCCUAUGCACUGCAGGUGAGGUAUGCAGGAAAAAUUCUUAAAGACAAGGAUUGCUUCAUACAGCAAGGAGUUAAGCCAACAGAAACUGUACAAGUAGAAAUAAUGUCUACAUGUACAGAUAUACAUCCAAUGAGAAGAAUAGAAGGAUUGCAGGAGUUUUCUAAAAUCAUGACAGUCAGUGUACAAACUGGCACUAAUCAGUUCAAGGACAUCACAGUGGAGUUUAUAAAAUCUGACUUCCACAAGCCAUUUCUUGGUGGCUUUAGACAUAAGAUAACAGGAACAGAAUACCACAAUGCUGGAACGCAAACUGUGCCUAGAAAGGUUUUCCAUAAACCCAAUCGGUUUUGUAGAGACACACAGACAGUUAUUGAGAAGCAGAGAUAUCAACAGACUGCAAAUACAACAUCUACACAAAUGACUAAGAUUGGUGUGUAUGUAGCAAAUAUGGAAGAUAAACUGAUUGAGCCAGUGGCAUAUUUUACAGCAGCAGAAUACCAUGCUCGAAGGUUAAAGGCGGUGAUAGUAAUCCAGACUUAUUAUAGGCGAUGGCAUGCUAAAGUCUACGUAGAGGAUUUAAAAAGACAGAAACAGGUGAGACUGGAUUGGGAAGUAGAGGACCAGUUAAGGAAGGAGAGAGAGAGAGAAGAUAGGUUACGAGCAGACUACCAGCGGAGGCACAAUCCUAAAACAAAUGAGGAUUUUGAGCUGCUUUUUAACGCACUGGAACUCUGGCGGCAAGAAGAACUCGCACGCAUUGACCAAUAUUUCACUGGAGCUGAAAGGAAAGCUUAUUUGUGUGAACUUUUGGAAAAAGAGACCCAGCUAAUUGCUUCCAUUGGGAGACAUAGAGACAUGGCUCAUACAGAGAGAAAGGAAGCAGCAGUACAAGCUUUUCUCAAUAAGUGUUCAGCUCCAAGAGUAUGGAGAAGAGCUGAUGGUAAAGUAAUUGAGAUGGAUACACAGUUCACUCUCAGAGCCAGAGAGCUACAAAACAUUUAUAAAUGUAUUAUAAUGAAAAAUGUCUCUCAUGAUGAGAGGUUGGAUGUACUGUUGACGCUUAAACACACGGUGAAGGAACAUGAAUGCAAACUGACUCAGGAAAUCCUAGAAUUGAUUGACAGAGAAGUUGACCUUAUGAUGAGAGGAGUUAAAUCUCAAAACCUUGAAGGACUCAGAAAAAGAACUGCAACACUCUUUUUUCAUUAUAUUAAAACACCUCUGUUUAAUCCUGAAGUUGCAAGAUACCUUAAGGUUCCUCAAGAUCCACUCAAGUUUUACAAUAAGAUUUACUUUUGCUACAGUUGCCAGUUAUAUUUGCCUUCUACCGAAUUUUCCAUAUCCUGCACCUCACAACGCAUCUACCGCUGUCGUCAGUGUGUCAGCCUUGAGAAUGAGACUCAAAAACGGGAAUCAUUUUUGAAGUACAAGUGUAUACUUGAAAGGCUCUACGAAUCAGAAGCCAAUUAUGAAGAUGACUCUCAAAUUGCUUUCCUGAUGCAGCUCAAUGACAUCCGGUACCUGAUAGAGAACAUCUGGGCAUCCCAGUCGGUCCUCAGUGCCUGUAAGGACAUCGAUGAGUUGGUCAUGGUCAGAUGGGAUAAGUCCAUGGAAUGGGCCCCCUGGAACUGCAUUCUUCUUACCAAGGAGGAAGGUGAAGCUCAUCUCAAGGUACAGAACAUCGAACAGGAUUAUGAACAUUAUUUUCUCCACAAGAUCCAACACAAACAUAUCCUGGCUAAGAACUACUUUUCCCAGAUUCCACUGCUUGCUUCAUAUAUACUUAAUCACAGUGAAUUAGAAGAUGUCAGAAAUAAAUACCAGGUGGAUACAACACCCAAAACGAUUGAAGCCAAGGGGACUUACAGUUAGAAGGUCCAGAAAUACUUGCUUGAUGAUAAAUGUUUUUCCACUACUGUCAAAGUAAUACAG